AUGGAGGAGCUAGAGAAUAGUUGUGAUCUUCACAAGCUGAGUAGUAGGGUGCUAAAUGUUGAAGGAGACGCGUGUUCGAGGAGUAGUGAAAGAUCUUGUGGUGAUAUAUCGGUUAAAGGUAGGGAUUUGGAAUGUAUUGUGCCUUCAAUUAGUCAUGGUGAGGAUGCGGCUACAGGGCGACAUUAUGGAAGAACUCAUUAUUCCACAAAGGUAGGUAGCUCGGUUGGUGAAUCUGGAAGCCGUCUAGGUAGUCCGAUGACCUCAACAAAUCAUAGUUACGGAGAUGAAGAUGUAGAUUUUGUGGAUCAAUGUAACCGUGGUUGCGGAAUAACGUAUUGCUGGUCAAGAACACCAAGGUACAGAGGAUCAAAUCAUUCGUCUGAUGUAGAAGAGUUUCCUUUACUACCUGGAAAUGGUGAGAGUGAUGUGGGGACACCAAGUCCCAAAAUGUCGUCGAGGAGUCUAUGUCAGAAAUWCAAACCGAAAUCGUUCGAUGAGUUAGUUGGACAAGAAGUCRUAGUGAAAUGUCUUUUGAGCACCAUCUUGAGAGGAAGGAUUACUUCUGUUUACCUUUUCCAUGGUCCUCGUGGGACUGGUAAAACAUCGACAUCUAAGAUUUUUGCUGCUGCUUUGAACUGCCUUUCACAGGCUGCACAUAGCAGACCAUGUGGCUUGUGUAGUGAAUGCAAUUCGUACUUCUCAGGAAGCAGCAGGGACGUGAUAGAAAUGGAUUCGGUUAAAUUAAACCGUCCUAGCCACCUCAGAUCUCUCAUAAAAAGUGCAUCUUUGCCUCCAGUUUCAUCUAGAUUUAAGGUUUUUAUUAUCGAUGAGUGUCAGUUACUAUCUCAAGAAACUUCGGGUACUCUCUUCAACAGUUUGGACAACUUCUCUCAGCAUUCAGUUUUUAUACUGGUUACAUCGGAGCUUGAGAAGCUACCAUGUAAUGUGCUCUCACGGUCCCAGAAAUAUCAUUUCUCUAAAGUAUGUGAUGAAGAAAUAUCGAAUAAGCUGGCCAAGAUUUGUUUGGAAGAAGGUAUUGAUUUUGAUCAGGGGGCAGUUGAUUUCAUUGCUUCUAAAUCUGAUGGUUCGCUUCGGGAUGCUGAGAUCAUGCUUGAUCAGCUAAGUUUACUCGGUAAAAGAGUAACGACAUCUUUGGCCUACAAACUUGUGAGUUUACGCAUCUUUCUUCAUAAUUUUUAUCACUCAUUGUCUUGGAAAGAUAUUUGA